AUGUGCACUUUGAUGUUGCAUACUGCUGUAACCAAGAUCCAGGUUCCAAGGCCUGGCUUUAAUUAUACAUUUGCCCACAUAUGUGUCCUGAAUAAUGAUAAGACUUGCAUUGUGGAUGACAUAGUCCACGUCCUAGAAGAGCUAAAGAACGCUCGGGCCACCAAUCGGACCAAUUUCGCUAUCACGUAUCCGAUAACUCACUUGAAGGAUGGAAGGGCCGUCUAUAAUGGCCACCAACUGGGAGGCGUCACUGUACACAGCAAGGACCGGGUGAGAUCUGCGGAGGCCGUUCAGCUCACCUAUUACCUACAGUCAAUCAACAGUCUCAACGACAUGGUGGCUGAGAGGUGGGAGUCCAGCUUCUGCGACACUGUCAGACUAUUCCAGAAAUCCAACAGCAAAGUCCAAAUAUUCCCGUACACAUCCGCGUCACUGAGGGAAGAUUUCCAGAAGACCAGCCGUGUAGCAGAACGUUACCUGCUCACCAGCCUGAUCCUGGUAGUCACCAUGGCCAUCCUCUGCUGCUCUAUGCAGGACUGUGUCCGCAGCAAACCCUGGCUAGGCCUACUCGGGUUGGUGACCAUAAGCCUAGCCACUCUCACUGCAGCUGGAAUCAUCAAUCUUACUGGUGGGAAAUAUAAUUCCACCUUCCUGGGACUCCCUUUUGUUAUGCUAGGUCAUGGAUUAUACGGGACUUUUGAAAUGUUAUCCUCGUGGAGGAAAACUAGAGAGGACCAACAUGUUAAAGAGCGAACUGCAGAAGUCUAUGCAGACUCCAUGCUCUCCUUCUCUCUCACCACUGCCAUGUACUUGGUCACCUUUGGCAUAGGGGCCAGCCCUUUCACGAACAUUGAGGCAGCCAGGAUUUUCUGCUGCAAUUCCUGUAUUGCAAUCCUCUUCAACUACCUCUAUGUACUCUCAUUUUAUGGUUCCAGCCUUGUGUUCACUGGCUACAUAGAAAACAAUUACCAGCAUAGUAUAUUCUGUAGAAAAGUUCCAAAGCCUGAGGUAUUGCAGGAGAAGCCAGCAUGGUAUAGGUUUCUUCUGACAGCUAGAUUCAGUGAGGACACAGCUGAAGGUGAGGAAGCAAACACUUAUGAGAGUCACCUAUUGGUAUGUUUCCUCAAACGCUAUUACUGUGACUGGAUAACCAACACCUAUGUCAAGCCUUUUGUAGUCCUCUUUUACCUUAUUUAUAUUUCCUUUGCCUUAAUGGGCUAUCUGCAGGUCAGUGAAGGGUCAGACCUUCGUAACAUCGUAGCAACUGCAACACAAACCAUUGAGUAUACUACUGCCCAGCAAAAGUACUUCAACAACUACAGUCCUGUUAUUGGGUUUUACAUAUACGAGUCCAUAGAAUAUUGGAACUCUAGUGUCCAAGAAGACAUUCUAGAAUACACUAAAGGUUUUGUGCGGAUAUCCUGGUUUGAAAGCUAUUUAAAUUAUCUUCGGAAACUCAAUGUGUCCACUGACUUGCCUAAGAAAAAUUUCACAGACAUGUUGAGGAAUUCCUUCCUGAAAACUCCUCAAUUUUCACAUUUUCAAGAGGACAUCAUCUUCUCUAAAAAGUACAAUGAUGAAGUUGAUGUAGUGGCCUCUAGAAUGUUUUUGGUGGCCAAGACCAUGGAAACGAACAGAGAAGAACUCUAUGAUCUCUUGGAGACUCUGAGGAGGCUUUCUGUGACCUCCAAGGUAAAGUUUAUUGUCUUUAAUCCAUCUUUUGUGUACAUGGAUCGAUAUGCCUCCUCUCUGGGAGCCCCCCUGCACAACUCCUGCAUCAGUGCUUUGUUCCUGCUCUUCUUCUCGGCAUUCCUGGUGGCAGAUUCACUGAUUAAUGUCUGGAUCACUCUAACAGUUGUGUCUGUGGAAUUUGGAGUGAUAGGCUUCAUGACAUUAUGGAAAGUAAAACUGGACUGCAUUUCUGUGCUAUGCUUAAUUUAUGGAAUUAAUUACACAAUUGACAACUGUGCUCCACUGUUAUCCACAUUUGUUCUGGGCAAAGAUUUCACAAGAACUAAAUGGGUCAAAAAUGCCCUGGAAGUGCAUGGAGUAGCUAUUUUACAGAGUUACCUCUGUUAUAUUGUUGGUCUAUUUCCUCUCGCAGCUGUGCCUUCAAAUCUGACCUGUACACUGUUCAGGUGCUUGUUUUUAAUAGCAUUUGUCACCUUCUUUCACUGCUUUGCCAUUUUACCUGUGAUACUGACUUUCCUGCCACCCUCUAAGAAAAAAAGGAAAGAGAAGAAAAAUCCUGAAAACCGGGAGGAAAUUGAAUGUGUGGAAAUGGUGGAUAUUGAUAGCACUCGAGUGGUUGACCAAAUUACCACAGUGUGAUAGUAUCUGCUUCAUAUUUUCACCCUAGGUCUUACCAAGAACAAAAAGCUUGUGUUUAUGAAACAGUUAAAGUCAAAGAUGCUCUCAUUUGAAAAGAAUAACAAGCAGGCACUAAAAAAAAAAAGUAAAAGACGAGGAUAACAGGCAUCUUUAAAAGUUAUUAAAGCAAAUGGGUUGCUAUGAAAAAAUACAUACACACACACCACUUGUAGUAUUUUAAAUAAUAUCAA